AUGGGUUACUACGACGAGGAUGGCCGCGCCGACAGCUACGAGAUCACUGAGAUCCGUGAGCACCGCUCCUCUGCCCCCCGCCGCUCCUCCGGUGCCGCCUCUGGCAGCUCUCACCUCCCCAACACCGUCACCAUCCCCUGCCACCACAUCCGCCUCGGCGACUUCUUGAUGCUCCAGGGCCGUCCCUGCCAGGUCAUCAAGAUCUCCACCUCCGCCGCCACCGGCCAGUACCGCUACCUCGGUGUCGACCUCUUCACCAAGCAGCUUCAUGAGGAGUCUUCCUUCAUCUCCAACCCCGCCCCCAGCGUCGUCGUCCAGACCAUGCUUGGCCCCGUCUUCAAGCAGUACCGCGUCCUCGACCUCGCUGAUGGCCACAUCACCGCCAUGACCGAGACCGGUGACGUCAAGCAGGGCCUGCCUGUCAUUGACCAGUCCAACCUCUGGAGCCGUCUGACCAACGCCUUCGAGUCUGGCCGUGGCAGCGUCCGCGCUCUCGUCCUGAACGACAACGGCCGCGAGCUCGCCGUCGACGUCAAGGUUAUCCACGGCUCUCGUCUGUAA